AAUAAUUUUUAAGAAUAGUAAACAGAUUCAUACAAAUUGAUAUAGUAUCUGUAAAUAAAGAACAAAGAAUUGCACAAUGUCGAAUUCUAAAAAUAGCACAGAAUGUAAUAAGGAAAAAGCUACAGUUCUUGAAGAGCCACAAACAGCAGUAAACAGAAAAGAAGAUGCAUCGGCGCGACCUAAGUGUAAAUUAGAUUCGUGUGGUUGUUUAAAUCUCCAGGAUGUUCUAUUAAUAUUUGAUAGUCCUUUAAGUCAAGAACGAGCAUGGGCAUUGUGCUAUCAGAUAGCUAAUGGUUUAUUACGCUUAACGGAAAAUAAGUUCUAUGAGAUAUCAGAACUCUCGCAAAUUAUACUUCACAAAGAUGGAGAUAUUUGGCUUGAAAACUUAGCAGGCUCUAAACUACCUCUUGUUUCGGAAGAGAAGGUGAUAUUUUCGUUAGGCAUGGCAAUUUUUAAAGCCUUGGACUUUGGUUCUAAUGCAGGAGAGGAAAUAGCAUUAUUACCAGACCUAGAAGCUCUUAUUACAUCAAUGACAAACUGUAAUCGAGUUUAUGAAGGUGAUGUGGAAGAACGUCUACAAGAAACUGAUGAUGAAGGCAUUGAGCGAGAUUCUGGUGAUACUGAUGCAGAGGAUUAUAUGAUGCCGAAACCUACCGAAUCAUACACAGAUAGUCCUACAUGUACCUUGAAGACUAUUCUCCAAAUAUGUGCAAGGCAUGCGCAAAAUUUGCACGAAAAUGCUGAUAAUUAUUAUCGAAAUAUAAUACAAGCGUUUGUGGAAGAGGCCCUUAAUCUCUCUCAAUUUCUGGAGAGAGUAGUCGUCAACAAACAAUCACAAGAUUUGUUUGAUGCAAAUAAUGUAGAUCGUAACUCAACUUCAUUGCAGAACAUUAAUACAGUGGAUUUCAAUGAUUGGACGGACAUUAGAAUUUGGAGAGCUAUACAAGCUAGGUUUUGGGUUCAAGUUAUUAGCGAGCUGAGGCGAGGAGUGAAAUUGAAGAAAGUAGAAGCUAAUUUGGAUUCUCGUAUGUCUUCGCGUGAAGAAGGAAGUCUCCCAGACUACAAACUGACACCCUAUGAGAGUUUGAUGGAUGAUAUCAGGGCAAGACGGUAUCGCCUCAGGAAAACUCCACCUACGUCGUCACGAAAGGACGCGCAUGCCAUUAUUCUUGAAUUUAUUCGAAGUCGACCAUCUUUAAAAAAGGCUUCAGAGAGACGAUUACGACCAUUACAAAAGGAAAGUACUCUGAGAGAAUUAUUAAUGGAAAGCAUAAAAAAGCCUCCAAAACCUCUAAGAUCUUCUGGUUCAAGACAAAAUGCUUCUAAGAUUGAAGAAACAUCAAUUUAUAACGUAAGCGGUGAAUCUCAUAUGAUAGUUCUCGGCGAGGUACCACCUUCACAACCAGAUCAAGAGCAGGAGUCUGCACAGGAUGUUGCGGCACAAUGGUUGCAGUCAGAAGAUCAGAGAACGUUGGCAACUGGCGACAGCAUUCUGGUAGCAGCGAGUCAAAGGAGGCAAGAUGUACCACCGGUACCACAGCCACGACAAAGGAUUGCUAAGGAAAGAUCCAACACUAGGAUCUUACCUUUCAACAGGAAUCGUAAGUCACGUAGAAGGCGCAUUACAGUCUCAGAUAUAGCACAGAACGGAGAAGAUAUCAAUAAACGCGAAUUGUUGCCGAAACCAUCUGGAAGAAAUUUGGAUGUUGCUAAACAAACUAAGAAAGUGAUACCUGUUGACUUCGAUUUGAAGUUGGAUGCGGAAGAUGAUGAAGAUGAUUAUGAGGAUGAUUACAAUGAGGAAAAUUUUAUGGAGACAAGGUUCGAGGAAGAAGAUGAAAUCUGUAAUUAUUGGCAACUUAAAGAUAAUUUUGGUUCUAAAAAAGGAGUCCGCAACGGACAUAAAGAUCACGAUCAUGUGAGAGAUGAUGAUGAGGAAGGAUCUGCUAAUCCAUGGCGAAAAACUGGCGGACUUCGUCUAACCAGGAAUGAAUACCACCGAUUCUGUGAUGCUCAAUUAGAAUCUUACGAUCUAGCGACGCAAUGUCCUUCCCGAAGAGCAUCUGCAAGAAGACACGCUGCAAAAUGCACUGUACCGCAAAUGUCAUUCACGGGAACGUCAUCCCUACCACAAUCAAGACCACAUAGUCGGCAGCAUGCUGGCCUUAAAGAUUUGGUGUUAAGUCAAGGUCCAAGUCCCAACAUUAGUCUGAAUCCUAGCCCGAAUUAUAGUCCACAACCACGAACAUCGAGACAAGCGCAAUUGGCACAUGCGGUUGCACAUGAGAACAAGAACGACAAAGCUCCGGAUGAUGAGUGGGAUGAUAUUGAUAAAAAAGCGACGUUAGGAGACAUGCUAUUGGACGAAAGACUGUCAUUAACAUUGGAUGAGAUUGUACAUAUUCGUAGCGUCCUUACAAAAGCUGAGUUAGAAUCUCUUCCCGUAGAAGGGCGCGUAAAAGAGGAUGUGGAAAAAAGACGUGUUUGUUUUCUUUGUCUGAAAACACGUUUUGGUCUACUGGGUCCUUGGGGACAACGUUGCCGCUUAUGCAAAAGGACUGUCUGUGUGAAAUGUUAUUCAAAAAUGCGGAUACCAACGGAGCAGUUUGCCCGAGUGCCGGUUGUGUUGCUUUCUCCUGGAUUAUUACUUUCACCUACGGAAACAGAAAACGAUAACAGUAAGAAUUCUUGGCUAGGUAACACAGGAGCGGUCGGCUCAGCACCGGCUUCUCCCGCAUCUAGACGAAAAGAUUCUGCGUUGCGUAGCGGCACGCCUGCUUCGACGCCGACGAUGACACCUAUAUCCGCACUAACACCUACAUCAACACCUUCUCAUGCACGUCGAGACGUAGAAGUUCAAGGAUUAGAAAAGAGAUGUUACAAAGGUGGCGGCAGUCCCGCCGCUCUUUCAACUACGAAGACUUUCUCCACUUCGAGCGGACCGAGUGCGGAGCAGCGAAUGGCAGCGGAACGGUUACGCGGCGUCGCCGUUGUAGUCUGUCACGACUGUCGUAUCAUGGUCAUCCAAAUAAUCAAGAGCUCAAGAACAACACGUGCAACGAUUCGCAACAAUGUCAUUUCUCGCCUUACUCUGAACCUCUCUCCUGCCUAUAUUUAAUUAUUAUCGCCUCUUAAUAACAUUUACAUCGCAUUGUUUUUUCCUACUGUUUUUUCCAAAUAUCAGGAAAUGGAAAAUAUUAUCAGGAAUAUUUUCCAAAUAUUUUCGCGUUUUAUUAUAUGCAUAUUAUACAAUGGGAACAAUCGAUACCAUUCAACGCAAUUUGAAAACGGAUGAAAGGGAAUUUAUACGGAUGCAAAG